GAUAAUAAAUAGUUAUAAUAUCUUUAACGCAGAUUGAUUUGAAAAGAGGAAUAGCAAAUCUAAUGUUUCUGUAUUAGCUUCGAGGAUGUAUUUGGGUCUAACAGUAACUACUAUUCUUAAAAACAGUAGUGUUAAUAUUUGAUAUUACGUUAUUUUAGGUUUUUAGCUACCUUGUUUUGGAUGAUUCUGUAACGUGCAAAUUUUGCUAUUGUCACGUGGUCCGAUAGUGUGAGAGUCAACACUUUGGCAGAUGAGUGAAAAGAAGCGCAAGCACGUUUCUCCAGAUCACAAAAAUUAUGUGAAUAAAACAGUUCGGUCAACAAAAGAUGAAGAUAUCUCCAAAACGAAUGUAGACCUGCAUAUUUCUCCUUGGUAUUUGACACCAGUUUUAGCUGAUAAAUAUUAUCAGCAUACUGAAAGUGAAAAUGUGUACGUUGCAGAAGUUCUAGAUCAGAAGAUGACAGCCCAGUUAGUUAAAACACUUUCAAGUCAGUAUCCCUUGACUGGUUUGUCACAUGUAAAAAGGGUUAGAGCUCGAGCAAAUGGUAAAAAAAAUGCAGGUCUAGAGAUCAUCAUAUGUCGGGCCAUAGAUGUUAACAUCAAUCAUUUGGAUUCUUCUUCCACCAGUAUACAAACAGAGAAGAUAAUGAAGACUGAUGUGUCUCACUUGAAUGCUCUCUCCGAGUUUUGUAAAUUGUUUGUUGUCCCAAAAUAUCCACCACUCACUCGUAAACAGUAUGAACAGAGCAGUCAGUUGUGGCCUGUCCAGUUUCAUGAGGACAAGUACAUUGCCAGAGUGAUGAACAAUCAAGUCUUCACCACUAGUGAAUUGAACUUUAUUGAACAAAACAUGUCCUUGGCACUAAAACUUGCUAUGGUUAGUAAGUGCCAUGUAGGUGCUGUAGUUGUAGACCCAGCAACUAAGACUGUGGUGGCCAGAGCCCACGACUUUAGAAAUAAACACACUCUGCAGCAUGCUGUGAUGGUGGCAAUAGACUUGGUGGCACAAGGCCAAAAUGGUGGAGCUUGGAAUCGGUAUGGCUUACAAAUAGGACCAAACCUCCAAGAAGCAGAAUCUUUGAAUGAUUCCUGUAUAAAGAGAGAGAACCACACAACAUCUCAGUCCCUGGAUGAAUGUUGCGGUAAAGAUUGUAGACUUACCAAAACUAGCCCAUAUCUUUGUACAGGAUAUGAUCUAUAUGUAACAAGGGAGCCCUGUACAAUGUGUGCUAUGGCGUUGGUCCAUUCUAGGAUCCGUAGAGUGUUUUAUGGAGUUUCCACACCUUGGGGUGCAUUAGGUAGCCGGUAUAAGAUCCAUGUUUGGGAAGGAUUAAAUCACCACUUUGAAGUGUGGAAGGGGGUGUUGGAAAAACAGUGUCAGCUAUGAUGUUAGAAAACUUGACCUGAUGACCAGAUUCGCCCUCAUCAGAGGACACAUUUUUUGGCCUUUCCAGUGUUGCAGCAUGGUAGCUGUGUCGUUGAUUAGUAGCUGGUUGGGCCGUGUUGGGAGGUAAAGACAUGUGGCGGCCCAGUUUUGCUGACCCUGGUUCCAGGAGAGACUAUUGACAAAAGAUUAUCCAGUUAUUAUUCUGCGAUGACUUAUGAUACAAUUUUAACUCUGUAUAUAGGUAGUUUGAAUUCAUGGAGCAAAGACAACAUUGUGAUUGAGAUUAAAGAAGUUUUCUUGAAUAAUUUAA